AUGUCAAUCAAAAGCGAAACUGAGGAGAAGGUGAUUCUCGCUCCCGAAGAGGACCCAUUUUAUCAAAGGUUCUCUCCAGCUCGAAAGCGAUUGUUUGUGUGUAUCGUGGCAUUGUCUGUAUUUUUGUCUCCAUCUUCGUCCAUGGCGUUCCUCCCAGCGACAAGUGACAUCUCCAAACAGUUCAAAACGACAGAAACUGUUAUUAUUGUUUCCAACGCAUGCUAUUAUCUAGUCAUGGCAAUUUCACCGUGCAUCAUGAGUCCAUUAGGUGAUCUCUACGGAAGGCGACCCAUGUACUUGUUAUGUUCCGGUGGUUUUACUUUGUUCACUGCACUUGUUGCAGUGUCACAAAACAUCGUAAUGUUUUUCGUUUUCCGUUCGCUCACCGCCCUCUUCGGAACGGCCUUCUUCUCUUUGGGUGGAGCCAUUGUUGGUGAUAUUUAUAUUCCGCAAGAACGGGGAAACGCAAUGGGUUGGACUCUUAGCGGGUCACAGUUAGGACCGGCUUUUGCUCCUGUAGUUGGAGGAUUCAUAGUCACCUACACAAGCUGGAGGGUCAUCUUCGGAUUGUUGGCUGGAUUAGGUGCCAUAACAUUCGUCUUGAGUUUCUUGUUUCUUCAGGAAACAAUCCGAAUUUCCAAGCUUAAUGCCCUUCGCUCCGAGACUGGCAGAAGAUUCGUCUUCGUCAGGUUUAAUCCCUUCAGAGUAUUUACGGCCUUUAAAUUCCUGAAUCUCCUCUUGAGUGGAGUCAUGAGCAUGUCUCUAAUUUACAAUAUGUGUACACUCACGACUCCGAUUCCCAGCGUUGUGAACCCUCGAUUUCAUUUGACGUCUCCACUAUAUAGUGGAUUAUUUUAUUUGGCCCCUGGGAUGGGAUAUUUGACUGGGUCCUUGUACGGGGGGAAAUGGGCUGAUAGGUAUGUGAGGAAGUAUAUGGUGACUCGAGGCGAAAGAGUUCCUGAGGACCGUUUACGAUCGACAUAUGCGUCCUUUGGAUUUGUUUUACCGGUCAGCGUCUUGAUUUAUGGAUGGUCGAUAGAAAAGGAAAAAGGAGGAGUUGCUUUACCAGUUUUAGCUCUCUUCUUCAGUGGCACAGCUCAAACAUUCUGCUUUCCCAGCAUCAAUGCUUACAGUGUAGACUGCCUACCUCACUUGGGCGGAGAUGCCAUAGCGUCGAACUAUUUCAUUCGAUACAUAGCUGGCGCAAUUGGCACAGGCACUUGUUUACUUCAAAUACAUAAUAUUGGAGUGGGGUGGAGCAACACGAUCUCAUGCUUCGUGUUGCUAGUUGGGUUUGCUAAUUGCCUCAUACUAAUCCAGUACGGCGGCAGGCUACGCGAAAGAACAAUAGCGGUGGAAUAA